AUCCGGCAACAUGGCCAAUGCCUCCACAGACUUGGACAACGCGGAGGCCCAGCGGCAGCUCAACAACAACAACCGGCCCGUCAGCUCGGGGGGACACUGGGAGACCGAGACCACCAGUGCUAAGCUGUUUGAGUGCUCGCGCAUCAAGGCACUAGCAGAUGAGCGGGACGCGGUGCAGAAGAAGACCUUUACCAAAUGGGUGAACUCGCACCUUGCGCGCGUCUCCUGUCGCAUCGCCGACCUCUACAACGACCUGCGCGACGGAUACAUGCUAACCAGGCUCCUGGAGGUGCUGUCCGGAGAGAUGCUGCCCCGGCCUACGCGAGGUCGUAUGCGUAUCCACUGCCUAGAGAAUGUGGACAAGGCUUUGCAGUUCCUGAAGGAGCAGCGCGUGCACCUGGAGAACGUGGGCUCUCAUGACAUCGUCGACGGCAACCACCGCCUCACGCUCGGCCUCAUCUGGACCAUCAUCCUCCGCUUCCAGAUCCAGGUAAUAAAGAUCGAGACGGAGGACAACAGAGAGACCCGUUCAGCUAAGGAUGCCCUACUGCUGUGGUGCCAGAUGAAAACGGCUGGGUAUCCUGAGGUGAACAUCCAUAACUUCACCAACUGUUGGAGGGACGGCCUGGCGUUCAACGCACUCAUACACAGACACAGACCUGACUUAAUUGAGUUCCACAAGUUGGCCAGGUCCAAUGCCACGCACAACCUCCAGCAAGCCUUCAACGUCGCAGAACAGAGCCUUGGUCUCACCAAGCUGCUGGACCCAGAAGAUGUGAACACAGAGAACCCAGACGAGAAGUCCAUCAUCACCUAUGUGGUGUCCUUCUACCACUACUUCUCCAAGAUGAAGGCCCUGAUUGUGGAGGGGAAACGAAUAGGAAAGGUUCUGGACAAUGCAAUCGAGGGCCAGAAUAUCAUUGAGCGGUAUGAGGCGCUGGCGUCGGAGCUGCUGGAGUGGAUUGAGAAGACCAUCAGCAUCAUCAGCAACCAGAAGUUCGCCAACUCGCUCACGGGGGUGCAGCAACAACUCCAAGCAUUCACCACCUAUUGCACCAUAGAAAAACCCAUCAAGUUUCAGGAGAAGGGUAACCUGGAGGUGCUUCUCUUCACCAUCCAAAGCAAACUCAGAGCCAACAACCAGAAGCCAUAUGUGCCUAAUGAGGGGAAGCUCAUCUCUGACAUCAACAAGGCUUGGGAGAGGCUUGAGAAGGCGGAGCAUGAAAGGGGUGUGGCCUUAAGGACAGAGCUGAUUCGUCAGGAGAAGCUGGAGUUGCUAGCUCAGCGGUUCGACCACAAGACCACCAUGCGACAAGCAUGGCUGAACGAGAACCAGCGGCUAGUCUCACAGGACAACUUUGGCUACGACCUGCCAGCAGUGGAGGCGGCCAUGAAGAAGCACGAGGCGAUCGAGGCGGACAUCUCGUCAUACGAGGAGCGCAUCGGCGUGGUGGUGGAGCUGGCCGCCGAGAUGGAGGCGGAGAACUACUAUGACAUCCGCCGCAUCUCUGCGCGCAAGGAGAACAUUCUGGGCCAGUGGAAGCUGCUCAAGGAGCUGGUGGUGGGCAGGAAAGCCCGGCUGGAGAAGAACCUGGCCCUGCAAAAGACCUUCCAGGAGAUGGUGUACAUGAUCGACUGGAUGGAGGAGAUGCAGAUGCAGCUGCUGUCUAAAGACUUUGGUAAGCACCUGCUGGAGGUGGAUGACCUGCUACAGAAGCACAGCCUGCAGGAGGCCGACAUCACGGUACAGGGAGAACGCGUCCAGACCCUCAACACCGCUGCACUCAAGUUCACCGCCAUCGAAGGUUACCAGCCGUGCGACCCUCAGGUCAUCUGUAACCGUGUGAACCAUGUGAGUACGUGUCUGGAGGAGCUGAAGCAGCUGGCAGCCAAUCGAAGAGUGGACCUGGAGGAGUCGCGACAACUAUGGGCCUUCUAUGAGGAGCUUGAGGAGUCGGAGGCCUGGAUGCGGGAGAAGAUGUCCAUCUUGUCAUCGCAGACGUGCGGCAAGGACCUGAGCAGUGUGCUGCGGCUGCUGCAGAACCACAAGAGCCUGGCAGGGGAGCUGCAGAGCCGGCGCUCACUACUACAGCUCACCAUGAAGAAGGGUAGCAGCAUCAUCGCCAUGGCGGCCAUUGGGAUCCAGGAGCGCGUGGCGGAGGCCAAGGGGGAGUGGAAGCGGCUGGAGGACCAGGCCGCGCAUCGCCUGGGCUACCUGCAGGAGGCGCUGGAGUUCUGGCAGUUCACGGCCGAGUCGGACGACCUGCUGGCCUGGCUGCAGGACAUCUACCGGCUGGUGUCCAGCGAGGACUUUGGCCACGACGAGUACUCCACCCGCUCGCUGCUCAAGAAGCACCGCUGCGUACGCGAGAGCCUGGACAAGCACCGCGCCAACGCCGUGGCACUGAGGAAGCACGCCAUCGCCCUGCCGCCGCAGUUUAGACAGCUGGAGGAGGUGCAGGCUCGUCUGGGUGAGGUAGAGCAGCUGUACGGUGAGGUGGUGGAGGUGGCUGUGUUGAGGCAGCAGUGGCUGCACGAUGCCCUGGCGGUGUACCACAUGUUCAGCGAGGUGAACGCCUGCGAGGUGUGGAUCGACGAGAAGGAGCAGUGGCUCAACCAGAUGGAGGUGCCCGAGAGGCUGGAGGAUGUGGAGGUGGUGGCACACAGGUUCGAGAGUCUGGACCAGGAGAUGAACAGUCUGAUGGGGAGGAUCCUGGAUGUCAAUCAGAUAGUGCAGCAGCUGCUGGAUAACGGCCACCCCAGCUCCACUGAGGUCCGAGGCUGCCAGGACCAUCUCAACAGCCGGUGGAACCGCAUAGUGGAACUGGUGGAGCACAAGAAGGACCACCUGGACUCGGUUCUGCGCAUCCAGAACUACCUGCUGGAGUGUGGAGAGAUCAAGAGCCAGAUACAGGACAAGCGCAAGGCCAUCGACGCAACGCAGUACGUGGGCAGCGACCUGGGCAGCGUGCUGGCGCUGCAGCGGCGGCUGUCUACCAUGGAGGGCGCCCUCUCGGUGCUGGAGCCCAAGCUGCUCCACCUGCAGCAGGAGGCGGAGGACCUGGCCACCGCGCACCCUGACAAGGCCGUGGAGGUGCUCGUGCCCUUUGAGGGCAUCAGCCUGGAGUGGGAGGAGCUGAAGCGGACACUGCAGGGCUGCGAGGACUCACUCACGGUGGCUGGGAGACUACAGCAGUUCAUACAGGAUCUGGACUCCUUCCUGACCUGGCUGGUGCAGACGCAGACGGCUGCGGCGUCGGACGACCUGCCCAACACGCUGGAGGAGGCAGAGCGACUCAUCAACUGCCACGCGGCGCUGAAGGAGGAGAUCGGCCGAUACGAGGAGGACUACGAGAGGCUGCAGGCCGUCAACGAGCUCCUGGAGACUGAGGAGGCCCCCUUGCCAUAUGCAGCGUUGCAGCAGUGGCUCCAGAAGCUGGAUGUGGGCUGGAACAAGCUGCUGGAGAUGUGGGAGAGCAGGCGGGAGGUGCUGGUGCAGGCUCACAUCUUCCACCUCUUCAUGCGCGACGUGAAGCAGGCAGAGUCCUUCCUCAACAACCAGGAGUCGGGCCUGGCCCAUGUGGAGCUGCCCACCACGGUGGAGACGGUGGAGGCGGCCAUCAGGAAGCACAAGGACUUCACCACCACCAUGGAGCUCAACCUGCACCGCAUCAAGGCCGUCAUCGAGGCCGGGGAGAGCCUCAUCAGCCAGAGCAACAUCUACUCCGAACGCAUCAAGGAGAGGGUGGACGCGCUGGCCAGCAGGGGGAACACGAACCGCGAGCAGGCCCAGCAGUGGCUCAGCAAGCUCAAUGACCAAUGGGAACUACAGAGCUUCCUACAGGACUGCCAUGAGCUGGGUGACUGGGUGUCUGAGAAGAUGCUGAUGGCAGGGGACACCUCCAGGGAUGAGACCCAGAAGCUCCAUAAGAAGUGGCUGAAGCACCAGGCCUUCAUGGCAGAGCUGGCCCAGAACAAGGAGUGGCUGGACAAGAUCGAGAAGGAAGGCCAGCACCUGAUCGAGGAGAAGCCGGAGCUGCGGGAGGUGGUGGCGUGUAAGCUGGGCCAGAUCCGCGAGUGCUGGCAGGACCUGGAGAGCACCACGCAAGCCAAGGCCCGGCAGCUGUUCGAGGCCAACCGGGCCGACCUGCUGGUCCAGAGCUACUCCAGCCUCGACACGCGCCUGGCCCAGCUGGAGACACAGCUCUCCACCCAUGACUACGGACAGGACCUCACCACCGUCAACAAGCACCUCAAGAAACUGCAGACGAUGGAGACGCAGAUGGAAGAGUGGUACCAGGAGGUGGGGGAGCUGCAGCAGGAGGUGGCGUCUCUCCCCCAGCAGGGACAGCUGAUGGGGGACGUGGGGGAGCGUGUCGGUGAGCGGCAGGCGGCCGUGGAGUCGCGCAUCGUGCGCCUCAUCGAGCCCCUCAAGGAGCGCCGGCGCAUCCUGCUCGCCUCCAAGGAGGUGCACCAGGUCGGACGCGACCUCGAGGACGAGAUUCUAUGGGUCCAGGAGCGUAUUCCCCUUGCCACAUCUCAGGAGCAUGGGGGAACACUACAGGAAGUUCAGCAGCUGAUGAAGAAGAACCAGACACUGCAGCGUGAGCUCCAGGGCCACCGGGCGCGCGUGGAGGACGUGCUGGAGCGGGCCUCCCUCAUUGCCUCCAUCCGCAGCCCCGAGGCCGACUGCGUGAGGGGGGGCCUGGAGCAGCUGGCGGCCCAGUGGGAGGCCCUGUGGCUGGAGACGGAGCACCGGCAGCUGGGGCUGGACGCCAUGUACCAGGCCCAGCAGUACUACUUCGACGUGGGGGAGGUGGAGGCCUGGCUGAGCGAACAGGAGCUGCACAUGAUGAACGAGGAGAAGGGCAAGGAUGAGCCGAGCACGCUGCAGCUCCUGAAGAAGCACCUGGUGCUGGAGCAGUGCAUAGAGGACUACGCAGAGACCAUCGGCCUGCUCUCACAGCAGUGCAGGCAGCUGCUGGAGCUCGCACACCCCGACAGUGAGCAGAUCAGUAAGCGUCAGUCUCAGAUCGACCGUCUGUACGUGUCCCUGAAGGACCUGGUGGAGGAGCGCAAGUGUCGCCUGGAGCAGCAGUACUGGCUGUACCAGCUGAGCCGCGAGGUGGACGAGCUGGAGCAGUGGAUAGCCGAGCGGGAGGUGGUGGCCAGCUCGCCUGAGCUGGGACAGGACUACGAGCAUGUCACGAUCCUGCAGGAGAAGUUCACAGAGUUUGCGACAGAGACGGGCAGCCAGGGCCAGGAGCGGGUGACGGCCAUCAACCAGAUGGUGGACGAGCUGAUCGACUACGGGCACGGGGACGCCGCCACCAUCGCCGAGUGGAAGGACGGCGUGAACGAGGCCUGGGCCGACCUGCUGGAGCUCAUGGAGACCAGGGGCCAGCUGCUCGCCGCCUCCCACCAGCUGCACAAGUUCUUCGCCGACUGCCGAGAGGUCUUGGUUCAGAUCGAUGAUAAGAAGCGUCGGCUGCCAGAGGUGCGUGCGCAGCAAGGAGACUCGGCUAACACCAGCACGCUGCAGCGGCUCAUGCAUACCUUCGAGCACGACAUUCAGCUACUCGUCAACCAGGUGCGUCAGCUGCAGGAGAGCUCGGCCCAGCUGCGCACGGUGUACGCGGGGGAGAAGGCGGAGGCCAUCGCGCGGCGCGAGCACGAGGUCAUGCACUGCUGGAAGGAGCUGAUCGUGUCGUGCGAGGAGUGCCGCGUGCAGAUCACCACCGCCACAGACAAGCUGCGCUUCUUCAGCAUGGUGCGGGACCAGAUCCUCUGGAUGGACAGCAUCAUCUGCCAGAUCGGCACCGAAGGAGGAGAGAAGCCCAGGGAUGUGUCGUCGGUGGAGGUCCUGAUGAACUACCACCAGAGCCUGAAGAACGAGGUGGAGGCGCGCAGCAAGAGCGUGGUGGAGUGCAUCGAGAUGGGCAAGGACCUCCUGGCGGCCCGCAACCCUGCCUCUGAAGAGAUCCGGGACAAGCUGGAGAGGGUGGUGGCGAAACAGAGAGAGCUGUCAGAGAAAUGGGACAGACACUGGGAGUUCUUACAGCAGAUGCUGGAGGUGCACCAGUUUGCGCAGGAGGCGGUGGUGGCGGAGGCGUGGCUGACGGCCCAGGAGCCCCUCAUCUGUAGCAGUGAGCUGGGCUCCUCCGUGGACGAGGUGGAGCAGCUCAUACGCCGACACGAGGCCUUCAGGAAGGCAGCCGCCAACUGGGAGGAGCGCUUCAGCUCGCUCAGGAGACUGACUACUGUGGAAAAGAUCAAGGCGGAGCAAGGCAAGCUCCCGCCCACGCCGCUGCUGGGCCGCAAGGUCUUCCUGGAUCCGCAGGAAGUGUCCCCGAUCCGCAGCAUCACUUCCUCCCUCAUGCGACAGACCAUCUACGAGCAGCAGGUGGUGGACCGCGAGCUGCCGCGCGUCAUGGAGAGGCAGGUACAUCAGCAGCAUCCUCCUCAGCAUCAGCAUCAGCCUCCUCCUCCUCAGCACCAGCAGCCGUCUCCAUCAUCGGUUGCCCGGCGACUGGGCUCCACUGUGGCCAACUACACGCCCGUCCUCAACGGCUCGGCCUACGCACGCACCAUCGAGGCCCGCACCGGUGGACUGGUUGGCGUGGCGGCCGGCCUGGGCAUGGGGGUGAUGGGUCCUGGGAUGAGCAUGGCAGGCACGACUGCCAGCGUGAGCGGCCCCUCGCCAACGGUCGCCGUGACACCACCUCAGCCGGAGCUCGCCAAGCCAAGCGGUCCUGGUCAGGCGGCGGGUCUGGGCGCGGAGGGCCGUGCGCAGCGCGUCCUCCGCAAGCUGGCGGCACGGCAGCCGCAGGAGCCCAUCGAGCACCUGCACGAGAUGGUGAAGCCCCUGCUGGACCGCGAGCGUGAACGUCUGGAGAGGGAGCGGGACCUGCAGGAGCGUCCGGGCGGCGAGGUGGGCGUCAUGGCCGAGGUGGUCCUCCAGGACCCGCCCAAGACCCCGCCCACCCCGCAGACGCCGGUGACGGGGGGCCGCGAGCGGCUCAACAGCGAGGCGCGCAGCGUGGAGAUCCGCAUCAGCACGGGCACGGCCGGCGGCAGCGCGGGCAGCAGUCGCUCGGAGCUCCAGGCCGAGCUGCACCAGCCGCCCUCCAGCAGCUCCGGGCGACACCACCGGCUGGAGAGGCAGGUGUCCAACGAGCAGCUGGUGCAGGCGCGGCGCGACGAGCUGCCCCAGGAGCUGUGGAGGGAGCGGGCGGAGCGGGAGCGGCGGCUGGAGAGGCAGACGUCCAGCGAGCAGGAGAGGGAGGCGGCGCCGCCACAGGGACACGAGGCGCGCCGCAGGGACAGGCACCGAGUGGACAGGCAGGAAUCCAGCGAACGCGAGCACUCGGACAGGCGCUCGACGUGAGUACGGGGGCUGGAGGGGGAGGGAGGGGAAAAGAGGUCCACUUUAGCCGACAUCGUGGAACAGCUUCAGGAGAGAGAGGCUGCCGUGGCCCGGGGUGAGAUCCCCCGCCUGCCCAACGGCAUGCCAGAGAAAGGUGGCCGUCCGGAACGACCGCGGGCCCGCGACCGACCCAAGCCCCGGCGGAGACCCCGACCCAAAGAGCCCAGCGGUGCCGGGGAGCCGCGGCGGUCCCGAUCCGCUCCAGCCCAGAGCAGCCCGCCGGUGCCAGCAGUGCCGUCGCACACGGCCAAGCACCAGGGCUUCCUCUUCCGCAAGCUGGACAUCGAGGACCAGAAGAAGGCCGCCAACAGCAGGUCAUGGGCGAACCUCUACUGCGUGCUGAACAAGGGCGAGAUCGGCUUCUACAAGGAUGCCAAGAACACCGCCACACCUCACAACAACGAACCUCUCCUCAGCCUGGGCGGCUGCACCUGCGACGUCACGCUGGGCUACAAGAAGAAGAAGAACGUCUUCACGCUCAAGACAAAAGAUGGCAGCGAGUUUCUAUUCCACGCUAGAGAUGAGGAGGAUCUUAAGGGCUGGGUGUCCAACAUCACCAAGAGCAUCAGUGAGCACGAUGAGAUCGCCAAAUGGGGCCAGCCUCAGCCAACUACCUCUUCCACGGACGAGGGCACGCGGCGCGACGCCCGCAAGUCCGAGGCGGAGAAGUCGGAACAAGGCGGCGGCGACAAGUCGGACCGGGCCGACCGCGUGUCCGAGCGCUCCGACAAGGGCGACAAACCGGAGAAGCGCACAGGGAAGAAGAAGUGAGAA